GUAAAUGUUUAUUUGUUCCUGUGAUACAAUGAUUGCAUAGAGGUUGGUCAUACAGAAAUCAAACUUAUCUUCCGUAGUAAAUAUGCUUAGUUUUCUGGUUGUGUUUAGUUAAUUUUUUAUUUGAAAAUAUGUAUACUACAAGAUUAAUUUCUGCUGAUCACAAAGAUAUCAUCCAUGAUGUUUCAUUUGAUUUUUAUGGUAGAAGAAUGGCAACAUGUUCAUCUGAUCACACAGUCAAAAUUUGGGAUAUCGAUGAGCAUGGAGAAUGGGUGUGCACAGCUGACUGGAAGACUCAUUCAGGAUCUGUAUGGAAAGUCACUUGGGCACAUCCAGAGUUUGGUCAAGUCAUAGCAACAUGCUCUUUUGAUCGAACAGCAGUUGUAUGGGAGGAACAAGUUGGAGAAGCAAGUUCAGUGCAAAUUGGGCGAACAAGUCAAUGGAUUCAACGAGCUUCUUUGGUUGACAGUAGUAACUCAGUUACUGAUAUAAAGUUCUCUCCCAAGCACCUUGGACUUUUAUUGGCUAUGUGUUAUAAAGAUGGCGUUGUUCGAAUAUAUGAAGCUACAGAUGUUAUGAAUCUUAGUCAUUGGUCUGUUCAGCAUGUUAUUAACUGCAAAAUAACCAGUGCAAGUUCAAUAUCUUGGAAUCCAUCGAGAGCACAUGCUCCUAUGUUAGCAGUCGGAAGUGAUGAUACAAGCCCAAAUGCUGGUGGAAAAGUUGAGAUACAUGAAUAUAACAAUAAUGCAAGAAAAUGGAUGAAAGUUGGAACUUUAAUGAGUGUAACUGAGGCAGUACAUGAUGUUGCUUUUGCACCAAAUAUUGGCAGAACUCAUCAUCUGUUAGCAAUUGCAUCUAAAGAUGUUUACAUAAUGUCCAUCAAACCAUCUAAAGAAAAAAUGACACAAUCAACAAGUGGAACACUGGUAGUUGAUAAACCAGAGAUCUCUCAACUUGCUCUUCUUCAUGAUCAUGAAGCACCGGUUUGGCGUGUUGAGUGGAAUCUUACUGGAACUAUUCUCUCAUCAACAGGAGAUGAUGGUCGAGUAAGAAUAUGGAAAGCAAAUUAUUUAGGAAACUGGACCUGUCUAGCAGAUAUGCAAGGUGAUAACGGAAACUCUUCAAAAAAAACUGCCCAUAUUCCCAUGAAAAAGCAUCCAAUUUCAAUCGACUUUAAUUCUAUACAAAGUACCAAAGGUACAUACUGAAACCUUAGGAAUAAAGUAAUUUAUUAAUGAAGAGGUUAUGGUGUUUUUACUUCAGCAAAACCAUUACUAAUUAAAAAUAAGAAGAAAAAAAUCUGGAAAACGUUUCUGUAAAUUUAUAUACCUGAGUCACUUAUAAACUGUGUAUAUAAAUAUAAUUGUCAUUUUUUUUU